AUGGACUGUGACUUGGACUUCGAACUGUGGUAUGAGGAAGCCUGUGCUUCUAUAGCUCAGGCUCCACCGAGCCCACUGCCACAGCAUCUGAGUCCAUACGAUUGGAAGAUGCUCCUCAGUAUGUUUGACACACCCAGUGCCACCGUGACUGGCCGCAAUGCUGCCACUGCUUGCCGUGAGAUGGCUGGUGGUAGUCAGGGCCCGGGCCAGGACAUGGUAGCCUCGCUGCAGCAUUCUACACAGACCCAACUCGGAGCCACAAGUGAUCAUAUCCACGAUAUACACUCUUCCGGGUUAUCAACUGUACCAUUACAAUCAUCGAGUCGAUAUUCCCCUUACAAUUUCUCCGCCAGGCUUAAUGCUCCUCACACCCGUGGCUGCAGGGCCCACCAUUCUGCGGCUGCUGCUGCUGGUCUUAUGAUGGAGCAUGAUCACAACCUAACAGUGGGUGUACCAACUAUGCCAGCAUCACUGCUUCUGCCUGCUCCGCCAUCACUGCUGGCCACUCCAGCAUCACUACCACCUGCCCCAGCGUCACCACCACCUGCCCCAGCGUCACUACCGCCACCUCCUACUAUAGGAUCGUUGACUACUGCAACAGAAUUGUUGUCCUCCCUCGUGGGCAGACCAGCCGAACUUACCCAAUGGGCAAAAGGGCCCGAAGCGUCGAAGGAUGCCGAAACUAUCUCUAACACCGUCAAGAACCUGAGGAAAAAAAUAAAGGAUAUUGUCAGGAUCACAGUUUUAUAUGGCUAUAAUUUACACGAGGCUUUGGACACUCAACCCCAGGCUGAGAUAGUGCAUAUCAUCAACGAGCUUUUGGAAAAUGAUGCUUUCCUGAAUGGAUCAAUCAAUGUGGGAGGACAAAUGAUAGUUGUGCCAUUUGGCCACAGUGCAUUGCGAUACUUUAUCAAGCACGUCCUCUUCUACAACCUCAAUUUCCAGCAGUACGUCAAUGAUACCAACCGAAACAUUGGGCCGUUACUAGCUUUCAUUGGGAUGUUGUUUCGGUGGGCACUUCAGGAACUGUCCACAGCUAGGAUAGCUGUGGACGAUGGGUUAUCUAAGGUCUACACGGGAUUGUCGAGCGAAAGGAGCGUCCGAAAGUCUGGUAUUGCCGCUUCGUCUCAAUUCAAUGGAUUGGCGCUGCAUCAAUUUGCAGAGCCAUCACUGUCACACUUUAAAGAAGCCCUGGACGACCUAAUGCCAUCCAUCAUACCCAUCACCGCCCGCGCACCAAUGGAAACACUCCUCAUCCAAUCUAAGAGAGUUUCUACCUGCGGUAGCCCGAAACCAGUAUGCAUCACUAUCCCGCAUACAGGACCCCAUGCGACCUUGAUGAGUCCAUUUUUUCCGGCCAUCGUCGCAUUAGCGCUCGAAGGAUACACCCUCAACAUUCCCAACUACACAAGCUCCAUGGGAUUUGGCCAAAGAUACAUCCAAAAGCUCCUCAGACACUGCGGGAGCAUGGACGUCGAAGACGUCGCCGAAAGCAUCAGGCAACUCAUUAGAAGGGACGUUUCAGAGGAAGGAAGACAGGUCGUGAUAGGGGGAAGUCAUGGCGGGUUUAUCGCUGCUCAUUUGAUAGGCCAGCACCCAACCUUAUUCAAUGCAGCAUCGCUCCGCAACCCUGUCAUCUGUGAUUCCUGCAACCCACCCACGCCUUCAUACGAGCUCUCCCAGCAGGGCCAUGACCGGAAGAUCGUUGAGAAGAAACUCAGCCUAAUUGGUCCUCUCAAAGAGGAACCAGAACACGGGGAGUAUCAGGAGGUUCUCUCGCCUCCUCCACCCUUCACAGCUUCACGUUCUCCCGCUGAGCCACGUAUGGUUGAAGAAGGAGGAGAUGCGCUGGAACUUUCUCCGCAGUUGGCCCACAUCCGUGCUGUCUCGUGA